AUAUCAUAUACGAUAGAUAAGAUUGAUUAUUUUGAUUUAUUUAUUCUAAAAUUAUUGCGAAUAAACAAGAGCGGUCAUUUUAUUUAUAUGUGCAAACCAAUUUAUUACAUAAUAGUAACUGAUUUCUUAGUUAUUUAAUAUAUAAUUAUUAUUUUAUUAUUUCAUAAUAUGCAGAAAAUAUAAAAUAAAUAUUUUUUUCUGCACAAGGCGCAAAUCUUAAUCUAAGUAUGUAUAUCUUUAAUAAUUUUGAAUCUUAAACAUUUUCUAUAUCUCAUGCCAAAAUAAAAGAAAAAAAACGAGAAUAAAUAUUUGCCACAGAUUUGUCAGCUGUAUUCUGAGGACAUUGAGCGCUCUGACCAAACAGCUGAGGAAAGCCACGACCUUGAGUUGUGUAGGAGCCACGACCACGGUAUCCUCCUAUGUAUCGUCCUCUUCCACGACCAGAAUAACAACCAUGAUUUGUGUAAAACGCUUGGUGAGGAGUAACAUCAACAGGAGGCUGAUAGGACUGCAGCUUGUCUUCAAAUCCAGUUAACUUGUACACAAUAUCUUCGAAGCAGGGUGCUGGAUAGUUAUCCCUAGCAUGUUCUAUCACAGCACACACUAAUUCAUACUCUUUUCCCAAACCGUUGAGUACACCAUAGAUCUUCUCGUGUUCAGUGAUGGGAGCUCUAAUAGAGUCCAGUUGAUCACAAAGAGAUUUGAUCUCCGAGAGCUAGAGCGAGCCAAACCUCUUGAGAAGAAUGAAGUCCAUAGAAUGACUUGAGUGCAUCUUCUGUUAGCGUACUAUAGAUCCAGGCGAUAAUCAACUGAUCUUUUUGUAACCACUUCGUAAACUCAGGGUUUGCUGCUUCUGUUACUUCAUCAACAUUACGCACGGUGUUGUCUCAGGCGGUCUCGGUUGCACCGGUGACGUAGCCCAGAAGCAUAUGACUUGACAGGAACUGCUCGAACUGAAGCUUCCAUAGGGGGUAGUUGCCUUCUUUGAACUUCAAGGUCACAACUUGAGUAAUCGUAAGAGCUGUGACAGGAACGUGAUUUUGAAUUCCAUCAAUGACAAAACCUUGAUUUCCAUCCAUGACUAAGCCGCAGGUUCUACUCCCUGAGCUCGUGAUACCAUGAAGGCAAAAACUUUAGUAUUUUCUCUGAAUUAUGCUUUCAUAUCUUGAAGGUUACAAUGUAUAUCUUCUCUUAUUUAUACAGAGAUAAGAAUAGUCUUAUAUCCUUUGCUCUGAUUCAUCAAGCUGCCAGCUCAGUCGGUCUGAUCCUCUAGCGCCCCAAACCUAUUGCUGAGCUGCAGGCUUGGGCUCCAUAUGUCUUGAGAUCAUAUGGGCUUGAAUCUUAUGUGAGUUACUAGGCUUCUUCAUGUCAAUAAAAUUAUGCAUAAAACUUAUAUUUUUCUAAUAUAUGCAAUUUUUAAACGCUAAAAUAGAGUUGUAAAAAUGUUUCACAAUCAGUUCAUUGUGGUUAACUUAAAAAUAUCCCACCUGACUCAUUCGUAAGGAAAUAAAAUCUUGAAUCAUGGACUGGAAUUCAAAUUCCAAAUAAAUUAUUAGAAAUUUAAGUAAAGACAAAAAAAAGUGGAAAAGUGAAUGAGUCCAAAGCAGGAAAGUCUAAAACAAAGACUUGUACAAAUAGGAAACCAGAAGUGCUGAACGAGAGUUGAAGCACUUUGAAGCAUUAGUUUUGCUCUUCUCUCUCUGCCCCAUUCUCACUCUUAAAAGAACAGUUUUAUAAUGGGUGAGACAAAACAACAGCUGGAACUGACGCAAGAACAGAUAAUGGAGUUUAAAGAGGCCUUUUGUCUGUUCGACAAAGAUGGAGAUGGUUGCAUCACUGCUGAUGAACUUGCUACUGUGAUCCGCUCGUUGGAUCAGAAUCCAACCGAACAAGAGCUUCAAGACAUGAUCAAUGAGAUCGACUCCGAUGGUAACGGCACCAUCGAAUUCUCUGAGUUCCUCAACCUCAUGGGCAGCAAAAUCCAGGAAACUGAUGCAGAUGAGGAGCUGAAAGAAGCAUUCAAAGUGUUUGACAAAGACCAAAAUGGUUACAUCUCUGCUAGUGAGUUGAGGCACGUGAUGAUCAAUCUUGGGGAGAAGCUCACGGAUGAGGAGGUUGAUCAAAUGAUUAAGGAGGCAGAUUUGGAUGGUGAUAGUCAAGUCAAUUAUGAUGAAUUUGUGAGGAUGAUGAUGACCAGCGGUUAAAUGAUAAUCAAUUUUAUACCAAAUAAUGUAUUAUCGUUUAUAAAUCUUUUGAUCCUUUUCUCUUCUUCAGAAUAUCAUAGUGUACUUUCCAAUUAUAUUAGCUUUUGCAUAUUCAUUGGAAGUAAUACUCAUUUUUAUUUAUUUGGAUUCCUAAUAUAUAUAUGGUGUAUAGUAUAUUUAUUUAGCUUCUGAAAAGGUCAGUAAGAUUGAGUAUA